CGGGUCUGUCUGUCUAUUGGACGACUGGCCGGACACAGACUGUAACAAACGGCAAACGUUAAUUGAAUCCCCGCUCUUUCAGUCGGACAUUGAUUCACGUUUAAAUGAACCAUGGCGUUUGAAAUGGACACAGCCUCACUUGUCGGUGUGGGUGAGCAGAAGUUUGAACUUUUUGUAAUUGGACCAUGAAAACCAAAAGGAAGCGACAACUAACAACUAAAAAAAGUCAGUGGACAACCCGCUCUGUAACCCGGCAGAUAACGGAAGAAUGGACGAUGUGAAAACUGGCCCAAACCGGGACUGAGCCUCCUGCCCGGGUCUCCCCCAGCUUUAUGUCACCCUCCUCUCCGUGCCAGAUGCCUCUGCGGGGCGAUGGAGGCUACAAGCCGGCACCGGUGUCCCCUGCUCCGCCCGUCCCACCGAGGAGGGUCCGGAGCCGGGACACGGGCUCCGGUAGGACGCGGCGGUCCGGGGCAGGGGCAGGAUCAGCGGAGAGUCGGGUGAAGUGUGUGUUGGUGGGAGACGGCGCUGUGGGGAAAACCAGCCUGGUGGUCAGCUACACCACCAAUGGAUAUCCCACCGAGUACGUCCCGACUGCGUUUGACAACUUCUCAGCAGUGGUAUCUGUGGACGGGCAGCCAGUCAAACUACAACUCUGUGACACAGCCGGGCAGGAUGAGUUUGACAAGCUGCGACCCCUGUGUUACACCAGUGCAGAUGUGUUCCUGCUGUGCUUCAGUGUUGUCAGUCCCGCCUCCUUCCAGAACGUCCCAGAGAAGUGGGUUCCAGAGAUCCGGAGACACGCCCCUUUUGCUCCGCUCGUCCUCGUUGGGACGCAGUGUGACCUUCGAGAAGAUGUCAAGGUUCUCAUCGACCUGGCUAAGUACCGUGAGCGACCUGUGGAUCCAGCAGAUGCCCAGGACUGUGCAAUGGAGAUUGGAGCUGUGGCCUACGUGGAGUGCUCUUCAUUGACCCAAAAGAACUUGAAAGAAGUUUUUGACACGGCCAUACUGGCCAGUCUGCAGAACUGCAGCUCUCAUAAGCACCCAAGAGGGAAACAGAAACGACGGAAGAAGCAAAGACAGACGCCGGACAAGGUGAAGAGUCUGUCCAAGUCAUGGUGGAAAAGGUACUGUUGUGUAGCCUAGUGCAGAUCUGCAAUCAAUUUGGAUCUUGAUGUCCAAGACGCCGAUUCCCUAAUGACUUUAGCCUGGUCUGGAUUCACCUGGGUUUGGGUUUUGCCUGGACUCACUUUCACUUUGGGUUUCUGUCUAAGGUAGCUUGAUGUUGAGCAGGACCUUGACUGGACUGUGGUUUUGAACCAAAGUAAGACACUCACAGAUCUAAAAAAAAAAAAUGUAACUUUGUUUUUGUUCAAAGAGGAGAUUUAGUCUUAUUGUGGAUGAGAUUUACUACUGAGCCCAGCCUGGUUCUGCCAGCACCUGCUCUGAAAAUACAGCAGUCCUGCCGUGCCCUUUCUCUGACCUGAUUUGAACCUCAUCCUGCCUCCAGUAUAAGCCCUCAGCAGGAGUACCUGCCUUUCCUGGAGUUAAAACUGGUAUGAACCAGAACCUUUGUCGGUCUAGCAGAAGACCCCCUCCAUGUCACUGUGGAUGUGACAGUGUUGUUUAGACCGAUCCAAAUUUGAACAAGAGCAUAAACUUUGUUUUCUCAUCUGUGCUAAACACAACGCAGUGGACAAGUGUUUAGUCUGCUGUUCUGAUAAAAACCUUUCCAACUGAGUAUUAAUGUGAUGUGGAUUGGAGGGGACUUCAAUGAAACUGUAUCUAAACUUAGCCUUUUAUCUAACUUGUUUCUAGCAUCUAACUGGUUUCCAUCGCUCACGAUUAGGAACCAAACUUUGUCCUUUUUUACAUAGGAAGCAAAAAAGCUUUUUGGAUUUUCUGACCCUGACAUGGUCACUGGACAUCAUUUAAGUCAAAACUUGUGGUUUUGAGGUCUGGUCUGGCUUUUAUUGUGAUUUUCUUCAUGUCCUGCCACUGUUUGGUCCAGGAUGCAGCCGGACAGUGAAUACAUUUGCUGAGGAUCAGGCUUUAGGAUCAUAUCAUAUCUUACUUAGGAAAAAAACAAAAAAACUGAAUCAAGUGAUUGAUGAUGAUUUAGCCAUUCUUGCCUUAAACAUUUUUUCACUUCAGUGAGAUUUCCAAAAAUAGAUGAAAAAUUGUACCUGCUGCAUACCUCAGUGCUAGCAAAAGGUUCAGUCCACCUGAUGAAAACACAUAAAGCGUUGUUGUAUAUUUACCAGUCAGGUUUCCUUUGAUAGCUGGUGAAUCAUGGACUUUUCCACAUUAUACUUUAGGACUAUACAGUCUGCACUGUAUUAAUGUAGUUUAGCUGAACAAAAAUGUUUGUGCUGUGGUGGUGCACUGCAGACUGGCACUUGACCAUAAUCAGGCAGAAGACAUUUUAGUGUUUUUCUCCCCUGCAUCAUGAUCAAAUUGUUCCACAAGCCACAACUUUGCUCAGUAUGGUCACCAGGUGACUUCUAUAAACAGUUCAGUCUAAACCUGAAAAUACCAGGAUGUGAAACUUUCAUCCUGUCAACCAGUAACUUCUAACAUCUGCAGGCACACAUUGGAAGGCAGGCAAAUACCAUACUGGUUUCAGAUAUUUGUACUGCUUGAUGUGUGUUUGAUUAUCUCUCCAGAGACUUCAGCAGCCUUAAGUGUGAGCGCUUAACAGGAUUACAUCAACCAAGUACUCUUUACGUGUGUUCAAAACUACCACAUGGAUUUAGUUAUGUGUUUGUGUAGUUACAGUUAGGAAAUAACUCAGAACAAAAUGAAAAAAACCUGCAAAGUUGGGUUUUUCUCUUUGCUCUUCAAUGCAACUGUGUAUCUAAGACUGUGAAGUUUGAAGUAUGUACAUAUCCAGUGAAACCUUUUCUUAGCAGUGAUUGAGUUUGUUGCUGCAUUUGUGUCCUUUUACUCCAAAUUUCAUCUUCUUCUCAACCACAGUGGUAGCCACUGAGCAUUUCUAUCAUUCAGCCUCUGAAGCCUGCUCUCUCUCUCUCUCUAAGUAGAUUUAGUUUCCUACGUUGGAAAGCAGAAAUAAAAAGUCAAACUAAAACGCAAACUGUGUGGCUAUCAAACUCUCAGCUGCCACACCUUCCUUUGUACAUUGUAGUUACUACAACAAGAACAAAACCCAAUGAUUUAUUAUUUCUCAGCAGUGCAUCUGAAUGACUCUUUGUUUUAGAGUCACUGCAACAGAAAGGAAAAAGGGGGCAACUAGUGUGCAGUCUGUAAUUAAUUUAAUGCAGAUCUGCCAUAAUUUAGUUUGUAUGCAGCACAAUGGUAUAUAUGUAUAUUGAUCAGGCAUAAACAUAAAAAGGAUUCCCACUCUAAACUCUUUUCUAUCUAAACUAUGACCUAAGCCCCACAGGGCCAAGUCAAACCUUUGUCUGAGUAGUAAACUGAAGGCCACAGUUACUCUGUUUUGGAGGUGGUUUUAGUAAAUCCUGGGUUGAGGUGUGGGGUAAAAGCCCUGUUAAUGUUCUGAUCUGUUGUCUUCCUUACAAGUCAGCUAGCAUUACAUUUUUUUGUGUGGUUACAAGUCAUUUCUCUACUGGUGUCAAAUGGAAUUGUGCCUUGAAAUUUAAUGAAUAAUAACUGCUUUUACAUUUAAAUGUACUGUGAAGAAAAGAUGUCUAUUAGGCAUACAGGAUAUGUUUAUGAUAACAUGUUCAUUCCCACAAACUGACAUUAAAGUCAAUUAAAAUGUU